CUCUCUCAGCACACCCAAGUACAGUGCGGCUCAUCUCUCAGGCUGCAAUGCAUACAGCAGCCAAACUAAUGCUGCUCUGCCUGACCUGGGGAGCUCUGCCCCAGGCCCGCUGUUGGCUAAACUGGUUCAGGGGCAAGCCAACCCCGACAGUGCCCGUGGUCACAACGCGGAGGGUCACCCCGACCUCAGAGGGCCGCACCCCACCGGGAAGUUCAACCCCAGUCCAGAGCGAAGCGGACGUCACGGCAACGGCUCGGAUUACUGCAGGAGGAGGCACGGCAACCAGCUCCGGGACGUGGGUGGACAAGUUGAAGGGAGAGGGGGCAACCACCUUGCCCGACAGUGCCCAGGCAGCGCCAGGAGGGGGCGAGCUCCCCAUGGCGAUACUCAAUGCCCGGGACUUGCCGCGUAUCCAGGACGGCCCAUUGAAUUCCACAGCCCGACUAGAGACACAGCCAGCGGCGCCCAUCGCAGGGCGGACGGCGGGAGAAGAUUCUGGAAUGGUGACCCCGUCUCCGGCCCUCACCAGCACAACACCGGGGCCUACCACGACCGGCAGUGGCGCCUGGACACAGCGUUUGGUGACAACGGUUGAGCCCAGGGGCCAGGCCUUGACGACGGAGGAGGCAUCGUCACCUUCCUCUCCCUCUUCCUCCUCCUCCCCCCUAUCGCCGUCGCCAACCCCUCCCUCCCCGUCACCCAACGCCUCCUCACCCUACACCGCCUCGCCCCCGGCACUAGCGGCCCCUCACCACCACCCGGAGUCCGUCAGCGUCCCCACGGCCGGCCCCUCCCUGAAGCCUCCCUGCGGAUCCCACUGUCCAGAUAAGGACUAUUCCGUGUCUCUGCUACAGUUGCUGGGAGAUCCCGCUCCUGAGCAGGUCACCGUGGAGUAUGGACCCGACCAAAACCCAGUGUACAAGUUUGGCCCGAAUGUCAACACCGGGCAGCUGGCCAGAGCCUACUUCAGAAGCCCCUUCUUCCAUAACUUUGCAUUGCUCUUCACAAUCAAACCAACAUCACCCAAGAGCGGCGUGCUGUUUGCGAUCACUGAUGCCAGUCAAACUGUCAUCUACGUCGGAGUUAAACUGUCGGAGGUCCAGGGUGCAUCACAGGACAUCAUUUUCUAUUACACAGAGCCUGGCUUCCAGCAGUCCAAUGAGGCUGCACGGUUCAGGGUGAGCAAUUUAACCAACAGAUGGGUCAAGAUCGCCAUCGCCGUGGUAGGCGAGGCAAUUAGCCUCUACCUGGACUGCGAGCUGCAUGGCACCAAGUACUUUGAAAGGUCCCCGGACGAGAUGGAGAUUGAUCCGUCCUCUGGUGUCUUUGUCGCUUUGGCGGGUGGUGCGGAUCCCGAUAACUUCCUGGGUUUCAUCUCGGAUCUGAAGGUAAAGAAGGAUCCUUGGGAGGCGCGGCUUUACUGUGACGAAGAUGACGAUGGUGAGGCUUCGGGAGAUUACGGGAGUGGAUACGGAAGAGGAACUCAAGCGGUCUCCAGCCGUUACUUUUAUUUAAGAGCUUCAGGCUGCUCCGGUUGUCAGAAGGCACUAGAGAAAUGCAAGAAAGGAUCGCCGGGCAUCCAGGGCCCCCCGGGUCCUCCGGGAUCUGCCGCUCCCACGGGGCAGGAACGCGGUGACGGCGUGGCGGUGGAGCGAGUGGUCGGUGUCGAGGGACCGCCGGGACCUCCCGGACCCCCCGGGAGAGACGGUGAGCCGGGUGAUCCCGGCGAAGACGGCAAGAGGGGCGAGAUCGGUCCUCAAGGAUUCCCAGGGACCCCUGGCGAUCGCGGAGCUAAAGGCGAUAAGGGUGACUCAGGGAUUGGACCCCCAGGACCAAGAGGACCCCCUGGACCACCUGGCCCACCUUGUACACCGGGCCCACCGGCUGUAAUCACCAAGAUGGACAAACUAACCUUUCUCGAUAUGGAAGGUUCCGGAUUCGAUGGCAACCUGGAAAUGUUUCGGGGAAUGCCUGGACCUCCUGGGCCACCUGGACUCCCUGGUCUCCCUGGCCGGCCGGGAAUCUUUGGUGUGAACGACACUGCCCCCCCUGGACCAACAGGUCCGCCCGGGCCCCCGGGAGCAGAUGGGAGGCCUGGUCCCUCUGGGCCAAUGGGACCUCCGGGGCUACCUGGACAAGAUGGCCAACCGGGACUGCCUGGGGAGAAGGGACUGCAGGGCGAACCUGGUGACCUGGGACUCCCGGGAGCUCAGGGGCCUAAGGGAUCACCGGGGCAAGCCGGGAUUCCUGGUCAGCCUGGCCUAGCCGGGUUGCCAGGGCCAAUAGGACCCCGAGGACCUCCUGGUCCUCCUGGACCAUCGGCAACAGUUCUCCGCGCUGGCUUUGAGGACGCAGAAGGAUCCGCACUUCCCAUCGUGACGGGGUUGCCAGGGGAACGGGGGCCGGAAGGCGCUCAGGGGAUCCCAGGGGAGCCUGGUCUUCCUGGAGUGCCUGGUUUGAAGGGUGAGCCAGGAAUCCCUGGAGAGCCGGGAUUGCAGGGACCACAAGGAUAUCCUGGAGAAAUCGGGUUAACAGGACCACCUGGCCCUCAGGGUCCAAAGGGAGCCCAGGGAGAUCCAGGCAUGAAGGGCGAGCCGGGCAGAGAUGGUGUCGGAUUGCCAGGUCCUCCUGGUCCUCCUGGAAUCGCCUAUAGUGGUGGCAGUGCAGCUGAUGGUGUUACAUUUGUGCCUGGUCCACAGGGUCCAAGGGGCAUUCCUGGCCAAGCUGGAUUGCCAGGUCCCAGUGGACCGAAAGGUGAACAAGGAUCCCCGGGUAUCACAGGACCAGCAGGGCCGAAGGGUGAUAGGGGAGAGCCUGGCUUCAUCAUUAGCCCCGAUGGAACCCCGUUGAACAGUCUGCUUGCUAGCGGCAUCGGAGGAAAGGGCGAUCCUGGCAUUCCAGGACCCACUGGCCCACAGGGCUUGCCGGGAUACCCAGGUCAAAAAGGUGAAAUUGGGUUACCAGGAAGACCGGGCCGGCCUGGUAUAAAUGGGCUGAAAGGCGAGAAGGGUGAGCUGGGAGAUUUCAGCGGUGGUUUUGGAUACCGGAAUAUUCCAGGGCCACCCGGUCCACCGGGACCUCCCGGACCACCUGGUAUACCAGCGUCUGCCUUUAGUGAUCACGUAUUCAGGGGAGCAGCUGAAGGAUUCCCCGGAAUACUUGGACCACCAGGUCCUAAAGGAGACCGUGGUAGCCCAGGGUAUGCAGGUCCCCCAGGAGAGAAAGGGGAUAUUGGUGACCCCGGGCCUCCUGGCCCACCAGGACCCAUCCCAUAUGACGCAUAUGACUUCACCUCGUCUCUCAGAGGUGCAAAAGGAGAUAAGGGUGACGUGGGGCAGAAAGGAGAGAAGGGCGCACCGGGAGAUGGCUAUGGUUCCAGUGUAGCAGGGCCCCAGGGUCCCCCUGGGCCUCCAGGACGACCAGGUCUUCAGGGACCAAAAGGAGACAGUAUUGUUGGACCCAGAGGAUUACCAGGCAACACGGGACCCCCUGGUUAUGGGUAUCCAGGUGUCCCUGGACCCCCUGGACUCCCAGGGCCUCCUGGCCCCCCUGGAGUGCCUACUUCAGGACAUCACAGAACAAGCAUCGUAGGACCACCAGGUCCCCCUGGCCCUCCUGGCUCUGCUUCAGCUUCAGGGGUUACGGUGCUGCAGACCUAUCAGACAAUGCUGAGUAUUUCUCACAGCCUGCAUGAGGGAACAUUAGCUUACGUCAUGGAACGUGGAGACCUGUAUAUCCGAGUCCGGGAUGGCUGGCGGCAGGUUUAUCUGGGAGAAUACAUUCCGUAUCAUGGUGCUGGAGUAAAUGGAAACAACGUGGAAGCGGUGGGAUCUCCGCCCGUGGUGCAGUACUCGACAGACAGCAAAUCCACGCCGAAUGUGGAGGCGGCGGCGGCAUCUCCGGAGAACCGGGCCCCCGAGGCGGAGAGCCCGCGGGGCCCCGACCACCAGCGGCCGGCCCGCCGCCGUCCAGAGGCACCGCAGACCAGCCACCAGCAACGCCAGCCUGUCCCAAGAUGGCCGACAACUGCCGCCCCGCCCCGCUCGGCAGCUCCUCCUCCACGGCAUGGCCACUACGGCGUCUCCCGCCGACCUCACGUGCCCAUCUCUGGCCAUGCCGAGAGCCUCCAUGGAGUCCCAAUGCUUCACCUCAUGGCUCUCAACACCCCACUGACCGGCAACAUGCAGGGCAUCCGAGGGGUCGACUUCCAAUGUUUCCAGCAGGCCCGGGGGGUGGGCCUGAUGGGAACGUUCAGAGGCUUCCUCUCGUCCAAGCUCCAGGACCUGUACAGUGUGGUGCGGCGCGCUGACAGGCACUCGGUGCCCAUCGUAAACAGUAAGGGACAGGUGCUGUUUGAUAGUUGGAGCUCGCUGUUCUCUGGAUCCCAAGCUCGCAUCAAAUCCAACACCCCAAUCUAUUCCUUUGACGGGAGAGAUGUGCUCCAAGACCAUGCCUGGCCUGAGAAGUUCAUCUGGCACGGGUCAGACUCCAGAGGCCGCCGUCUAUCGCAGAGUUACUGUGAGGCCUGGAGGGAAUCCCAGGACGACAAGGUGGGCAUGGCAUCUUCCCUGCUGAGCAGCUAUCUUCUUGAGCAGAGGCCUAGCCCCUGUUCCAACUCCUUCAUCAUAUUGUGCAUUGAGAACAGCUACCUGCCUCACACCCGAAAAUAAACAGUCGCUCUCGCCACCCCGCCACCCACCGCAAGAGAACACUGGUCGCCCUCAACGCCCAUUUGUUAAAUGUACAGUUGUAAUUUUUCGAAACGAUUUGAGAAGGGUAAAAUGGAAGAGAAGGAAAGGCCAAAGAGUUUUGAGUAAAUGAUUGCGAUAAUGUCGCUCACGAUGAUGACCCAGCAUGCACUGGGAAGGGCCUGGAGGCACCUCGGCUAAUGCAGAUCUCCACUGUGUACAUGUAACGUUUAAUAUUUGUAUAUGAAAUGUUUGUGCGUGCAAAUGUUUUGUUUUAUUUGCUUACUUCCGAAAGUUAAUCUUGUUUCCUCGGAUUCCCCUGUAGUUUGCUCUUUUCUUUCCUGUUGUUAUCAUUCAAAACGUGCUUUUUUUUUUCUCUCUUCCUCCCUCCCAAAAUUGCAAGCAUAUAUCCACCGGUACUCAUUUUCGUUUAAAGAAAUUGGUUGAAAAUCGCAAUUACAAAAGGUCGUGUUCCUCCCUUUUUUGCCUCUUGACCACAUGCACAAGAGACAAGAGCGAGCCUCACUUUCCUGAUUGGGCCUCUCUCUUCAUUGUCGGUUCCCGUUCACCCUGAAGCUGCCCCAUUAUCAGGAGACACGCACAACUGUGCAGUCUUCCACCAGAGUUUGAUCUGCCGAAGGUAGUGGGAGGCGAAAGUACAUUAAAGAUGGCAUUUCAUUGGCACUUGGGCCACAAAUUGCCUGGCCUCUCCCAUCCCCCUUCCCCCACUUUCAAAAUGCAGUUGCGUGCGGGGUUUUGGAAAAAGCUCAUCAUUUUGGCUUGGCCUUUGUCUGUUCUCGCACGGCCCUGAGAACAGGAUGGAGACUUUGUGUUGGACUCGACCCUUUUAAUCAGCCCACCUCCUGGUCUAGCAUUGAAAUGAAUGGUGGUUGGAGAUUGGGGCGGUGCAGUUACAGGCCCCUGGGGUGAGCGGGAGAUGGAAUCGAGAAGGGAGUUAGACAACCAGCGAAGAAAGGGACAGCAAUGACCACUAAUGGACAGAAGUGGCAGUUCAUUAAGGCUAGCUGAUGCCCAUUCAGAAGAGCAUGCAGCCAUUACAGCGGAGUCUGUCCAUCAAAAAAAAAGAGGAAAUUACUCUUUAUGGCACACAGUGGGGGCCUUGAAGGCUACAUCUAAAGUCUUACAUCUAUGGGCUGAGAUAUAGAUUUAUGUUUGAAGUCACCACGACAGAGAGAUCUUUCUGUUACGAUCCUGGGUUCAUCCCAUUGUAAAGCAAUAAUAAAGCCCUUUUUAAGAAACCUCCACAUCUACAAAAUGCCAGCCGGGCACAGCGGCAGAUGAAGUGAUGUUCCCAAUAGAACUCGGUGCGUGGAUUUUAACAGAUGAAUGUCACAAUUUGCACCAGGCAAUGAUCGCUCCACCCAGACUAAUUCUUGGAGCCUCGCCUCUAUUCAAUGGGAUUGCGGUUUACUGCAGCAGGCACAACGGAAUGCCAAAUUCCUGACAGGCUUGAGAGGUGGUGAAUUGAUAGAAACUUAGCACACUGGCGGAGGCCUCGCGUCCAUUAUCUCCCUUCUUAUUUUUGGCCCAUUGCGUUUUUGCUGACCCACCCCUGUGUAAAAACCGUUUCUCUGUAUCCCCAGUCUAGAGCUCUACCAAUCAAUUUGAAUCAAUGAAAAUUUUGUAAAGGUGGAGUGCAUGUGAAGAAAUGUUCCUGAUUAUACUUUUAUCCUCCUUGGCACCAAAGACACUUUGCAUUCGUAAAUGCCUCGUUCCCUUCGGUUUUAUUUUUCCACGCGUGUUUCUAACAUAUGGACAGCUGAUAUUUGAAAACUUAAAGUGCAUCACCCAUGUUCAAAAUAACUUGCCAAUGAAGUUUUGCCAAAAUAAAAAACAUCUGCCGUGUUAAUUGGCCAGCACUGCGCAACGACAGCAGAAUAUUCCGGAAGUUUGACACUGCCUGUAGCCUCGAACUGCAUUGAAGAGGUUCCCAGUGCAGUCAGUGCACAAACUAGUCAGAUUCCACAAGCAAGCUGCCACAACUCCUAAAAGCCAGGGUGAAGCGAAGAGACAGUGAUGUGACCGUCACGUAGACAUUGUUACUCUUCUAGUAAUCAGAAGGAGUUCAGAUCCCGCUCUUUGAGAAAUCGAAACCCAGUUUUGAAAGGAAAAUUAGGAAUCUCGAAGUCAAAAUGCUGGUCUUAGCAACAAUGUUGUUUACUGAAAGGAAUCCACCAUUCUCCCCAGGUCUGGCCUACAUAUGGCACUGAUCACAUCACAGGUAGAGUCUUACAAAGCAAGAUACUGCAGACGCUGGAAAUCCGAAAGGGAAACAGAUGCUGCCAGACCUGCUGAAUAUUUCUGCAGAGAGAGAGAGAGUAAAAUGGAAUUCACGUUUUGAAUUCAGUAUGACUCCUCUACGGAAUGGAUCUCUGUUCUUCUCUCUCCACAGGUGCUGAGUUUCUCCAACGCAGUUCCUUUCUUUAUUUCAGAUUUUCGGCAUCUGCAGGACUCUGCGUUUAUUUUAAUGUUUUGUCAGAACUGGUUGAUUCUUAGCUGCUCCCCGCUGAACUUGAAACUCUGUAGCUGUGCGUGAAGUGGUAGUAAGAGGCUGAAAAUGAAGUUCGCGUCUGCGCAGGUUCUGUCAAACAUAUUGCUUUUGUUUUCGAUAAAAGGGCGUAUUUAGCAAGAGAAACUUGCACCAUUUGGGAAAACAAGGAAGUGUUUUUUUUACCUUUUUACCUCUUUGUCUCCCCCCCAUCUCCACCACAGUCCUGGUCUAAUUACUUCAAUGGUUGGGGGAGUAAAGGGUUAGGUCAGGUGGCUGGAUGGCUGGUUUGCAACGCAGGGUGAUGCCAACGGUGUGGGCUCAAUUCCCAAAACCGGCUGAGGUUACCGUGUAGGUCCCACCCUCUCCCAUCAGGUUAAGCUCACCACCUGUUGUCUCUCUUCAAUGAGCCCUAAUACCCUGUGGGACAACAGCAACUUGACCUUACUCUGUAUUGGGCCACUUGUGCCCAUGGAGGGUCUGAGUGACCAUCCACUGAUGCCUAACUUGGGUUGUGUCGGAAGCGCUGGUCCCAACCACAUGAACUGUUCUUCCCAAGCACCUGACUCCCGCACUCCUGCCACUGACCACCUGUUUACAUUGUCCUGGUCACCAACCUUCCAAGGCCAAUAAAAGAAUAUUCCUUGUCCAGUUGCCUGGUCCUUUACAAUUGGCCAACAGCUCUUCCUUCCCCAUGUCUGGUCAUUUUGAAACGAAAGCACUCUAAGAAUUCUUCUCUCAAAUAGGACGAUGUUUUCUCCGGAAUUGCUCUCAGGAAUGGGCUGGAGAUUUUGCCUUCAGCUCCUAGAGGUUCUGCACCAACCAGUCUGUCCAAGUAAUGGUCAGGUGGGUGUAUUUGCUCAUCUUCAACUGUGACAGAUUCUGGUUAUGUUCCUGUUCCAACAUGCACAAAACAGGAACAGUUCAAUCUUUCAAUAUUGUGUUGGGCGAAUGAGUUACAUUUUGGCACACACAGCAAGUGAAAACAUCAUCUCUUUUGGAAAUCCUGGCUGAAAAUUGACAACUUCAGAGCUUUCCCCCUCCCCCAACUUUGCAGUCGAAGCAAACUUUUUUCUUCUCUUAAACAAACUGCCCCCAGUGUCCUGCUUCCAACCACUUGGCACUGAUCCUACGUAGCUCCUGGACGACAUGUUAACCAUUUACCUCGGGUCAUUAUGGGGACAUGGUUCAUAUUCCAGCUGAUGUCGCUAAAGUGAGUGCCUGCACUGAAUGCAACAUUUAAUCUUUCAGGAGUACACACUGUAUCCUGUGUCAAAAAAAAACUUUUUUUUUAACUAACCGCAAAGGUGCUAUGAUUAAAACCUGUGAACGUGAGCAAGCACCUUCUGUAGCUUUCUGUAACCUUGAUGUUCAGUAAACACUUCUUACAAAAUACCGAAUAAAGAUUAUAAAACCCUCUUA